AUGGCGAAUCUUCGAGACCGUGACAAUCACUGUAAAAAGAAAAUAUGGCCAAAGAGAACUUUGUUUGAACCAGGUUCAAACAACAUCAUUGUUAACCUUUUGGUUGAUCCAAAGAAAGUAUUGCUCCCAUCUCUUCAUAUAAAACUUGGUCUAAUGAAGCAGUUCGUCAAGGCUCUCAAAGGAGAAGGAAAAUGCUUCGAAUAUUUAGGAAAACAAUUCCCAGGAAUAUCUGAUGCAAAACUGAAAGAAGGCAUUUUCGAUGGAUCACAAAUUCGAAAAAUGUUGAAGGAUGAGAAUUUCAUCAAGUCAAUGAAUCAGAAUGAGAAGGCUGCGUGGAUUAGUUUUAAGAAAGUUGUACAGAACUUUCUGGGCAAUCAUAAAAGUGAUGACUACGAACAAAUAAUAGCGGAUAUGGUGAAAAACUUAGGAAAAUUAGGAUGUUUGAUGAAUCUCAAGCUGCACUUUUUGAAUUUUCAUCUCGAUUAUUUCCCAAUGAAUUUAGGAGACUAUAGUGAGGAACAAGGAGAACGAUUUCACCAAGAUCUAAAAGUAAUGGAACGUCGCUAUCAAGGGAGAUGGGGUAUAAAUAUGAUGGCUGACUACUGUUCGACUUUGAAAAGAGAAAAUGUACGAAAAGGAGUCAAACGUAAAAGAAAGCCACUCCAUAGAUCCUUUGAGGAUAAAAGAGUUAGAUACUAUAGGAAAAAGUGA